UGUGUGUGAGAGAGAGAGAGAGAGAGAGAGAGAGAGAGAGAGCAGCAUUAGGUCUAGCUGGCUCACUCUCUUUGUUUCAGUGCGCAGUAUCUCUCUCUGCUCUCCAUCCUCACAGUGCUGCUCUGCUCUGGAUGACUGCAGAAGCAGCGCCAUGGCCGUAAAUCUCAGCAAGAACAGACUGGCCGUUCUCACCGCGUACCAGGACGUAAUCGACGAGUCCUCACCCACUGACUGGGCCUUGUACACAUACGAAGAUGAUAGCAAUGAUCUGACGCUGGCAUCAUCAGGAGAUGGCGGCUUGGCAGAAAUCAUGGUGACCUUCGAUAACGGCCGCAUCAUGUACGGCUUCUGCAGCCUGAAGGACCCGUCGGCCGCCCUGCCUCGCUACAUCCUCAUCAACUGGGUUGGAGAGGAUGUCCCUGAUGCCAGGAAAUGUGCCUGUGCCAGCCAUGUAGCCACCAUCGCGGAGUUUUUCCAGGUGGGUCUUGAUAAGGGAGUUGACAUCAUCAUCAAUGCCAGCAGCAUGGAGGACAUCGACCCCUCAGCCAUCGGGCAGAGAUUGACCAACGGGACGGGGCCGAGCGCUAGCCCAGUGCUCAACCGUCUGCGAAUGAAAGAUGAGGAGAAUGCGGAGAACGUUGGCACCACCUAUCAGAAAACAAAUGCAGAAAUCGAGAUGAAAAGGAUCAACCGGGAAGAGUUCUGGGAACAAGCCAAGCGAGAAGAAGAGCUGAGGAAGGAGGACGAAAGAAAGAAAGCAGCGGAAGAGCGGCAGCGCUUCGAAGAGGAGCGGAUGGAGCUGGAGAGGAAGGAGCAGGAGGAGAGAGAGAAGAGAUACCGUGAGAGAGAGAGGCAGAUCGAGGAACACAGGAAGAAAAUGCAAGAGGAAGAGGAGGCCAAAGAGAGAUCACGACCUCAGUCCUUGACUGUAAGAACAGAGCCCAGUAGUGAUGACCUCUCUCAAGACAAAAAGGAGUCAGAGGUCGAGGAGGCAGCAGCGAUAAUCGCUCAGCGCACAAGCAACCCGCGUGAGUUCUUCAAGCAGAAAGAAAAAGCUGUAACCAGCAGCUUGGACACGUCCCCCAUCAUGUCACACAGGACCGGCCGCUUGGACAGUCCGUUCUUGAGGCAGCAGCACAGUGUGAGUGUGUCCUGUACGUCCUCCUCUCGCACCCCAGGGCUAUUUGACGACUCCGCUGAAGGCUUCUCAGCCGCUUCCCCGACACCCAUCCCUAAAAUCGCCAUUCAGGAAGACAAGGGUGACAACAGCGAGAAGGAAUGGGCUCCUGAGUCUCCUGAGCGAGUUCCGGUGCAGGAGUCCGAGCCUGUGCAGACCGAAGUUCCUCAGGAACAUCCCACAGAGUUGAAAUCCACCAGUGCUGAGGACACUCUGUUGGAUAUGUGGGAGAGCAGCCCGGCGCCGACGGCAACCCCCUGUCAGGCCCCUCACAUCAUGGACCUGAUGGGCGAUGCUGACUCGUCCCCCAGCCUUCCUCAGCCCCUGCUCAGCUUUGACGACGUGCCUGAUGCCCCGCUGUGCCCCUCAGCCGAGGACGCGCCCUCAAGCCUGGUGGACGUGACCGAGUCGCACCACAUGGCUCUGAGCUACCAGCAGGCCUCUGACAGCCAGGAGAUGGACGAGAGCCAGGAGAUGCUGACCAACGGAGACUCGCUGCUCAAAGAAGGGACUCAGGCGAGUGAAGGCUAUUUCAGCCAGUCACAGGAGGAGGAUUUCGCUCAGGCAGAUGAAUGCUCUGCGAAAGUCAACCCCACACCAGUAUUUUACAACAAACCACCAGAGAUUGACAUCACAUGCUGGGACACGGACCCUGUUGUGGAUGACGACGACUAGCCAUACGACUCCCAGGAAAAGAAAACAACCUUUUACAAAGCUGAUUACAAGCUUAUUACGAUACAAAUCUGUAUGAUAUUUUAGCAAAAAAAAAAAAAAAAAGGAACAAAAAAGUUUAGCCACAGAAAGGAUCCGGGUUAUUGUUAAAGAUGCCAGCAGGUUUCAGGUCUCUCGGUUAGUCUCUGUGUGUGUGUGUGUGUGUCUGUGUGUACAAGUCAUUAUUUAUUUCAGUUCUCUUUUUUGCUAUGCAGAGUAUAGCACGGUGUGUUUAGCACUCACCUGUGUUGUAUCGACUCGCUGUGCCUGACAGGUGUGACCAGUAGCAGAUAGAGCGUCCUGUUUUAGAGAUGUCCCAGAACCUCGAUGGAACGGACGGGAAAAAGCUUCGUAGCUCCAGCCACGGAAGUACCGAACUUCCCGUAGUUAGACGCUCAGGCUAGUCGUUAACACCUUUCCAUCAUCCCUGUCAUUCUCGCCGAUCCUUUAAAAGCGAUAUCGAGGAUUUUAUUCCUAUUAGAACCAGGACGAUUUGUCCCGGUGCGUUCACGUUAUCGGUUUGAAACCUGCAUGAUAAAAGUUUUUAGUUUCGUAGAGGCUUUUUUCCCCCCUGAACAGGUGACGGUUACUCAACCCUGCUUAAUUUGCUUCAUUUCUGGUGCCAAGGGUUUUCAGUGAUUUGAUGUUUUCACACUGUCGUGUCGGUGUCGGUGUUUUCCGGUUUAGAAUCAGGUGCCAUAGGUAUAUUUUUGACUACCUAUAAAAGUCGUAGGCUGUUUAAUUUUUCACAAUAGAAUUAGAAUUGAUUCAAAUGGAGCUUAGGCAAUAACUAUUUUUUAUGCACGUUUAGCUCUGUGUGUGUGUGUGUGUGUUUGUUUGUCUGUGUGUGGGUGUGUGUGUGCUUUUUAAUGAGAGACUAACAUUUCCUGUGGAUAUUGGAAUUUGUAUAUGGUUUUAUUAACCCCACAGCUCUAAUCUCUGCGUGAUUCGACCACUAAGUAUUAAGAACAUUGCGUCCAAUCAGUCUGAUAUCCCGGAUCCUUCUCCAUCAUAUCCAGCUCUGCGACUUCCUGAUAGACGAUUCGGUUUAAAAUUAGUGCGCGUCUGUAGCUUCGGUCUUCCGUAGUUUCGUAUUUACUACCUGUUUUUUUUUUUGUUGUUGUUUUUUAAAAAAAUUUUUUUAAGAGUAUGCUGUUUUCGGUACCACCCUCAGCCUCGUCGUUUUAGUUCGUCGUUUUUUUAAAAUUGUUAUUAGUAUUAUUACGAUUAUGAUUAUUAUUAAAAGAGGUGAAAUAAGCAAUAAUACUAAACUGAUAUAGUAUUGUUUUGUAAAUAAAUCUGGCACAGGACGAAACGUGUCGUCGGAAUGAAUCGAGCGGUGUAGAAGUGGAAGUGCUUUCUCGACACGUUUUUUUUUUUUUUUCUCAGAUUAUCACGUGACUGGUUUGCGACAGGAGCCGAACCGCAUCUUUAACUAUAACCGAGGCCCUUUUGACGUGAUUUCAGUGUACUCUUUACCCUCCGAGCUCCUAUGUAGUGAUUCUUAUGCUCUUUCUUUUUCUCACACACUACUAGGGGAUUAUUACAAUACUACCAAUACUAUUGCUACUAUUACUACUAAUAUACUACUCCAGUUUGCCCUUUGUCCCUGAAGCAAGGCUUAGCAGCUCCUAAAGUCUCUUUCUUUCUUUCUUUCUUUCUCUUUUCUUAUUGUUUUCUAUCCUUCUCCUUUGUUUUUUUUCCUUCUUCGUCUGCUUUUCCUGUCACAUGCUGUUUUUGAAACAAGCACAAGAUCUUUUGUGACAUGCUACGUGCUUCUGUAUGUUAAUAAAAGAUUUCAAAAACAA